AUGAAGUACACUCUUCUUGCCAUCGUCUCUGCUGUGACCGUUUUGGCCAGCCCAGCUCCCGUCCCAACUCCACCAAACAUUCCAUCUGCCUCUACUGCUCAGUCUCUCCUUUCUGGCCUCACCGUCGCUCCUCAGGGACCCCAGGACGGUUACAGCCGUGACCUGUUCCCCCACUGGAUCACCAUCUCCGGAACCUGCAACACCCGUGAGACCGUCCUCCGCCGUGACGGAACCAACGUCCAGGUUGACGGCAGCUGCGUUGCCACCUCUGGCUCUUGGUUCAGCCCUUACGAUGGUGCCACCUGGACUGCCACCAGCGAUGUCGAUAUCGACCAUGUCGUCCCAUUGAGCAACGCCUGGAAGUCCGGUGCUGCUUCCUGGACCACCUCCCAGCGUCAGGGCUUUGCCAAUGACCUGACCAACCCCCAAUUGAUUGCUGUUACCGACAAUGUCAACCAGGCUAAGGGUGAUCAGGGCCCAGAGACCUGGAAGCCCCCACUCCAGUCCUACUGGUGCACUUACUCCCGCAUGUGGAUCAAGGUCAAGUCUGUCUACCACUUGACCGUCACCAGCGCCGAGAAGUCUGCCCUGAGCUCCAUGUUGGCCACCUGCUAA